AUGCAUCUCCCCCUUCCUCUACAAGCAGCUCACGCAGCCCUUGUGCUCUCCCCCCUCCUUGCAGGUCUCAUUCUGCCAACCCUCUCCCUCACUGCGCCCGCAGCAGCAAGAGGCACCCUCGGCUUCGCCCUUGGCACCAAGAACGCCGAUGGAAGUUGCAAGACAACCGCCGACUACCAAGCCGACUUCGACGCCAUCUACGCCGCCUCAGGAAGCACGCUCGUGCGCGGAUACUCCGCCUCAGACUGCGAUGCCGCGGCCCGGAUCCUGCCAGCGGCUGCAAGCAAAGGCUUCAGAGUUGUGUUAGGGGUGUGGCCCGACACUCCCGCCUCCCUUGCCACCGACACCGCAGCCCUUCAGGCCCAUGCGUGGCACUAUCCGGACCAGCUCUACGCCGUCACCGUCGGCUCGGAGACACUGUACCGCGGCAACUUCACGGGCGAGGAGCUUCUCGAGAAGAUCAACGGCGUCAAGGCCGUCCUGCCUCCGAAUGUCAAGGUUGGCACAGCGGACUCCUGGAACAAGUGGGCGGAUGGAACCGGGGAUGCGGUCGUGAGGGGCGGUGUUGACAUCAUCAUGGUCAACGCCUUCGCAUACUGGCAAGCCCAGGAAAUCGGCAACGCGACCAAAACCUACUUCCACGACAUCGCCCGCGCAUUCGAGCGCAUCCAGGACAUCUCGGGCAGCUUCGACACGCCUGAGCUGUGGAACGGCGAGACGGGCUGGCCCAAAGACGGCGGAUCCGACUUCGGCGCCGCCCGUGCCAGCACCGCGAACGCAGCUGCCUACUCCCAGACAGCCGUCUGCGGCAUGCUGGCCUGGGGCGUUGACGUAUUCUACUUCGAGGCCUUCGACGAGCCCUGGAAGCCGCGGUCCGAGGGCGACCACGGUGUGUCGGCGGACGAGACGCACUGGGGGGCCAUGACCGCCGGGCGGGAGGUGAGCUAUGCGGUUCGCUGUGUGGCGCCGUGA